CUCCCACCAGCACAAAUUCUACACCCAUGAGUCUCAAAUGACUGUAACAGACAACCUAUAUAAAGACAGUGAUCGUCCGACUAAAGCACCUGAAAACGACUGGAUGACACAGAGGAACACCUGACACUCAACACAGACUUUACUUUGAAAAAGCUCAAGAAAUGUCUGUGAAAAAAUGGAUUCUCCUUGUCGCCGGCUCAAAGGACUGGGAAGAUUAUCAACACCAGGCCAAUGUGUGCUGUUUCUAUAAGAUAAUUAAGAAACAUGAAAUUCCUGAUGAGCAGAUUGUGGUGAUGAUGUAUGAUGACAUCGCUCACAAUCCUCAAAACCCAGCUAAAGGAGUCAUUACCAGUGUAGUAGACGACACAAAUGUGUACGUAGGAGUUCCGAAGGACUACACUGGAGAGGACGUGACCCCAGAGAACUUCCUGGCUGCUCUUCAAGGGGAUGACAAUACAGGGAAAAAGGUCAUAAAAAGUGACGCAAAUGACAACAUAUACGUCUACAUGACCGGUGUGGGAACUGAAGGCACAUUUGAGUUUCCUGAGAAGUCACUUUAUCCAGCUGAUAUCAUUGGAGCAAUCAACAACAUGAGUCAAAAAAACAAAUUCUCAAAGAUGGUGAUAUUCAUGACCAGCAGUUAUUCUGCAAGGAUGUUCGAAGGCCUUUCCGAGUGUGGAAAUGCCUAUGCUUUGACUGCAUGUGACAAAAAUAUCCAGAGCAGUCCCAGUGAUUAUGACAAACACAGGAACAUCUACCUCUCUGAUAAAUUCUCAUCUACUUGGUUGAAAUACCUUGAUACGGCUGACUUUAACACAGAAAAAUUCCGUCGGCUGAUAGAGUCUAGACAAGAGAAGUAUAUUAGAGAAAAUCCCGGUCCCUGCCCCUGCCAGUUUGGGAACAAGGACAUCGCCAACUGUUACCUCAGUGAGUUUCUGUAAAACUGAGCUCUCUGCAAGCUGUUCGGACCAUGUUCAAGAAAGCAUCCUUCUGAGUAGCACAUGAAAAUGAAAACAGUAAUCUGAUUACCUUUUAUACUACUUUCUUGUUUCAGAAUUCUGGCUUUAUGAUUUGAAUUAAAUUGAUAAUUUGCAACAUUACGCACUAUCGUUCAAAAGGCUGCAUUUGUUUGAUCAAAAAUAGAGCCUGAAAUGGUAAUAAUGAUGUGAAAUAUUGUGAAAACAAUAAAACUUGGA